CCACCAUCAAACGCGGGUAAACUUUGGCGUUUUUUGUUUGUAUUUAUUUUUUUUCGGAAGACCCAAAGGUACUCAGAAUGCAGGCGUUUCUCAAAACAGGCAAAUCCGGCACGGGCCAUGGCGAGAAACAACAGGGAGCUGCCAGCGAACGGCGAAAGCCGCCAACCCUCUGGGUGGAAAAAUACCGUCCCCGUAGCGUAGAGGAUGUGGUGGAACAGUCUGAAGUGGUGGCCGUGCUGCGCAAGUGCGUCGAGGGCGGGGACCUGCCCAACAUGCUGCUCUACGGACCGCCAGGUACCGGAAAAACGAGCACGAUUCUUGCCGCCGGGCGGCAGAUUUUCGGAGACAUGUACAAGAGCCGGAUCCUCGAACUGAAUGCCUCUGACGAGCGCGGCAUCAAUGUGGUGCGCACCAAAAUCAAGACUUUCUCCCAGCUUGCCGCCAGCAGUGUGCGUCCCGACGGCAGGCCGUGUCCACCGUUCAAGAUCAUCAUCCUGGACGAGGCCGACUCCAUGACACAUGCCGCGCAGUCUGCACUGCGUCGCACCAUGGAAAAGGAGAGCCAAAGCACUAGGUUCUGUUUGAUUUGCAACUACGUCUCCCGGAUCAUCGUGCCCAUCACGUCACGGUGUUCCAAGUUCCGGUUCAAGUCUCUGGGCGAGGAAAAGGUGAUCGCGCGCUUGAAGUUUAUCUGCGAACAGGAGGGCGUCCAGAUCGAGCCAGAUGCCUACAAGUCCAUCGUUAAGAUAUCUGGUGGCGAUCUGCGACGUGCUAUAACCACCCUACAAUCCUGCUUCCGUCUGAACGGCCCGGAGCACACGAUCAACACAGCGGAUCUCUUCGAAAUGUCGGGCGUCAUCCCCGAUUACUACUUGGAGGACUAUCUGGAGGUCUGUCGCUCGGGCGACUAUGAGCGGCUGGAGAGGUUUGUGCGCGACAUUGGAUACUCUGCCUACAGUGUCGGCCAGAUGAUGGAACAGUUUGUGGAGUUUAUUGUCCACCACCCGGGUCUGAAUGAUCCGCAGAAGGCCAAGAUCUGCGACAAGUUGGGGGAGUGCUGCUUCCGCCUGCAGGACGGAGCUUCGGAGUACUUGCAAAUCAUGGAUCUGGGCUGCUGCAUCAUUCUGGCCCUCAAAUAGGAUUCAUCGCAAGAACUGUUCACUCAUUGAAAAUGCAUUUUUUUUUACGGCUGAUUUUGAAAAUAUAUUUAAAGUUAAUGUUUAA